AUGGUCGGAAGUUUAUCUGAGGCAUCACACAUACAGACAGUAGCGAGGCUGCUCUCACCACGGCGGCGGCGAUUCAUGCGCUCACACAUGUUUCACAAAUCUUCCGCUCCUCUGUUUCUCGGUGCCACGCCCUUGCCGACCUGGGCUCCUUUCAUCUCGACGGCGGAGCGACAUGGCAUACAUGGUAAAUUGUACCUACAUGCCUGGUACCCGACCUACUCUAUGUUCAUGGCAAUGAGUCGGCUCAAGCGAAAGGGCAACGGUUCGUCUCUGCGACCAACAAGCGCCGAUCAUGGACGGGACUGGGCCGAAGACGACAAAAGCGUAGGCAAAAAAGUGGAACCCCUCGAUCCAGCCGACGGAAUAGGCGAGCCAGUCUCGAACAUGCAAUAA